AUGUCCUCAUCCCGCCCCGCCGUCACACCCACGACCUCGUCCUAUCCAUCGUCCGACGCCCUUUUUUCGAGCACGCCGCCGCCCGCCCCGUCCGCCUUCUCCGCUGGUCCUGGAUCCCACACGUCGCCGUCCCCCCGAUCCCGAUCCCGCCGCACCAACAGGAGCCGAGACCUGGCCAACCCUGGCUCGAGGAGCCACUUCUACCACCUCGACGCGAUCGACAACAAUCCCCCUGCAGACCCCGACCGUCCCUCGGCCCCCGCCGUUCAUCCUGCUACCACCUACUCGACAUUUCCCUCCAAUCCGCCCCGGAGCUCGUCUCUUGCCGGUCGCAACCCCCCACGCACCUCAUCGCUGUUGCCGCCCGCGAGAAUUGUUGUCGACCCGGGCACUCCCCACGCCGACGCUCCCGAGCUUCGGGAUCCGUUCAAUGACCCCCGACCGGCGCCCAAGAUCCCCGAUUCCGCCCGAGAUAGAGACUGGAAACACAAGAGGGGGCAUUCGCGGUCAAGCAGCGCCGGGGGCCUGAGCGACACUCUUCGCAACCUCAACCGCUGGUCGGCCUCGACGACUUCAAGUCGCGCAUCACAUAUUGCCGACUUCACUCGCCGGUUAAGGAAUCGGAACGAACCGGCCGCGACCACUACCCUCGCACCGCUCCAGAGUCUGCCCCAGAUUGCAACGGGGCCGUCGCUUGAGGACGAAGUUCUCGAAGCCCAUGCGUUGAGGCAGUUCUCUUUGGACCAGCCCGAACAGGCGCCAGAACCCCGACAGGACAGCGGCAGGUUUUGGGAUGACCAAAAAGACGAGGAAGAGGAGCAGGGAUCAUCAUCUUUUCAGGCGCACCUCGCCGAACCUCAGCCUGCCACGAUGGUUAUGAACGGUUCUACCAUGCCCUACACACAAAAUGGCCAGGUCAGGGGCCACUCACGCAGCCGAUCAACCGGGGCAAAAGGAAGCGCCGACACCACUGUCUCUUCGCGGAGCCGAGAUAGAGAUCGUGACCGUGAAAGGGACCGUGAUCGCCAGGGAAAGCCCAUGUCGCAAAAAGCAAUGUUGUCCAAAGCUCUGCAAAAAGCCAACACCGCCGUUCAACUGGACAAUGCGCAAAAUUUAGAGGGCGCUAGGAGGGCCUAUGCCGAAGCAUGUAGUGUGCUGCAGCAAGUACUCCUGCGGACUUCUGGUGAGGAGGACCGGAGGAAGCUCGAAGCCAUCAUAACGCAUACAUGCCACCACCGCUCUCACCUCGACGACCACACUCUCCCGCCCGGCUUUCGCCACCGCCUGUCGAGCACGACAGCCCUCAACGCCCCCCCCCCAGAGCUGCCGGCCCAGAGCACCCAGUUAGCGCCGCCGCUCCCGCACUUGGGACAUAAACGAGCAGGCAGCCACGAGUCGGUCUCGUGGCUGGAUCCAAUCGACGAGUCCGAGCAUUCGAGCGUAACGUCAGUGCAUUCGCGUUCCUCUUCCCGGGUUGUACGUAAGCACAUACGAGCUGCCAGCGGCGCCACGGAAGCCGAGUUCGACGCAGCUUUGGACGACGCCAUCGAGGCCGCAUACGACGAUGGAUAUGACCCAGAAGCGCAAUACUCCGAGCACCUAUUUCACGAUGCCCAAGUGGAUCCCAUCGCGAACACACUGCGGCGAGUGGAGAUCGCCAGGGAAUUAGUGCGUGAAUCCGAAAGAGAGGCGCUGGAGCUUGCAAACGAGCGUGAGCAAAGACUACGGCGACAACAACAACUGGAGGAUGAGGAAUACCGCAGGCAGGAGGCUAUCGGCGAGGAUGAAUUUUACGACGGCAAUGACUCGGAAGAGGAUGAACGACUGCUGGAGCAGAUGACGCAGGGCAAUACCAUUCAGGACUUUUCGUUUGGUGUCCAGUCGAGGCCACCGGUCCCGCGAGAAUCCGACUCGAGCGGCAUGACCGGCCGGACCUGGCACAGCUCCAUGGGAUCUAACCCGGCUACUGGAACCACGCUUCUCACCCCGGUAAGCGAAGAUAACGGUCUCCCGCAUCCAUCAGGCCCAUUGCCGGCGUUGCCACCCCACGCCAUGGCUCCGCUUCCCCCGCCUCCCACUUCCGCGGGGUCCCAGGGCUCCGGCCAAAGCGUCCGGAACAGGCGGCUGUCGGGUCAAAACCCGAAAGAGCUCAAGAUCGAGACAACUCAGCUUGCCCCGACAGCACCAGCAACAGCCGGGCCGGCAAUCCCAUCCAUGCCAAAGGCGGGCAGUUACAUCGUACAACAACGUCAAGCUCUAUCCGCUGGCCCCAACCGGACGGCGGGUCCUUUUUCUGCGAGGCUCGGCCCGUCCCCUAUUCCUGGAACCCUCGACGAAGAGCCAGACGACACACCGCUACCACCGCUGGCCUUUUCGCAGGAAGACUACUCACGCGUGGGGACCCCGUCGGUCGUGAGACCCAAUCUCCGGAAGAACUACUCCGCUUCCUCCCUCAAAAGCCUAAAGACACGCAACCUCUCCAUCUCGCACAUGGAAGAAACACCAGACCACUCUCCCGGCACCCCGUUGAGCACCCAGUUCGGCUCGCGGCUCCCCGCGAUGCCGUCGCUCCCGCCAGGCCUCGUCAAAGACCGCACCAACAGCGCCACUACCAGCGGCCUGCACCUUUUCGAGAACCACUUCCACUCCGCCGACGACCUGGGCUCCCCGAACCUGCUCCACCCCGACGCACCCGCGCCCCUCGAACCCUGCCCCAGCGACGUCACGCUCCGCCCCUUCUGGCUGAUGCGCGCGUUAUACCAAACACUGUGCCACUCGCGCGGCGGGUACAUCAGCACCAAGCUGUUCGUGCCGCGCGACGUGUGGCGCGUCAAGGGCGUCAAGCUCAAGGGCAUCGAGGACAAGAUCGCCAACUGCGACCUGCUGACCGCCGCCCUGCAGAAGCUGGCCCGCGUCGACACCUGCGACGCCGACGCCGUCCUCGAGGAGAUGCAGGCGCUUGAGGGCGUGCUUGAGCAGGUGCAGAGCAACCUGUCGCGGCGCUUGGGCAGUGACGUCGGCGUGCAGGGGGCGAGUGCCAUGUUCAAGGAUGCGGCGGCGGCGGCGGCCGGGGAUGGGACCGAUCCGGCGUCGAUGCCGCGCUCGGCGAGCGUCGCGGGCAAGGCGAGCAGCUUUUCGUGGAGGAGGUUGAGGAGCAAGAAUAGCUCGGCGAAUCUGCCGGGGCUGGCGACGGGGUAUGGUGGGAAGGGUGGGAGCGGUGGGAAUGUUGGAGGUGGGGCGAGCUCGACGAAUCUGAACGAGGGCAUGGGCAAGGAUAUGGUCAUUGCUAGCUUGCCGAUGACCAGCCAUCCGACCAGUCGGCCGACGAAGCGGGAUCUGGGUGGUGUCGCGUUUGGGGGUCCCAAUGCGAAUUACAUGGCGUCGUUGGCUAGGUUGUUUGACGCCGCGCAGACAGUGGACCAAAUCGCGCGACAAGUCGACGAUCCGGGCUUGCGUCACGCCGACAAGACACAGGUCGGCAUCGAGCUGUGCACACGCCACGCAGCUGAGUUCUUUGCGUUUUAUGUCUGCCGGUUUGCGCUGGCCGACCUGACGCUCCUGUUAGACAAGUUUGUGAAGCGCGGCACCGAGUGGGUGCUGAUGUGA